AUGAUGUCCCUUCCACUGGUGCAAAUAAAAAACUUUUUUCAACUUUCAAAGGCCAACGGUUUUCCUCAGAAUGCAUUCCAGUCACGACUAGCUGUUCCUAGCCAUCCGUUAGCCCUACAAGGCGCCUACAACGGACUGCCCUGUCCGCCAACCGUUCUUCCCACCUUCCUACACCACGGCAGCUUCCUCAUUGAAUCUCCACGAAGUUCCUCCGCCAAUCGGCAACUGAUAGCCGCCGCCGCUGCCGCCACCGCGGCCGCAGCGGCUGCAGCUGCUGCAAACUCUGUACGAGCCAACGGAGGGGACCCCCGCCUUGUCAUGGGUUCCUCGGGCAUACUGGCCUCUCAUCCUUCCUUGCAUUCUCAACAUUCACAACAUCAGCAGCAGCAGCAACCGAUUCCCCCAACACCACCGCCACCACCGCCGCCGCCGUCGGCGCCACAUCAGCAUCCACAGAGUCACAUAAAUCCCACCGUCUUUCCUGUCAUGGACGGUCGAUUUCGGUGAGUUCUGCCUGGGCAUGAAGUCCAUGUUUUGUCAAUCUGAUGGCCACAAAUCUCUUAUAUGCGGAGCUGAAAAAAGUAUAGAGCCUGUUGAGCAUUUUUGCUGAUCAGCUAGUAACCGGUGACUUCAUAUGUUCCGCAAAUAUUCCCAUGUUACACUUGAAAAGUCAAGUUGGCGAACACGUGUGUUCGGUACUCCUUCGUCAGGCCAAUACAAUUACAGGAAGGAAUGAAAAUGUACAAAAUCAACAGUGUUUAUAGAUGCAUCAAGGGCUAUUAAGGCGCUACCACUCAUCACCCCACGCCGCCCACAUGACAAGGUCGGCGGGUGUUGGUCCUCAGAGAUAGGAGAGGGGGUUAAGAGAGUUAUUGAAUGACGUUCUUGGAUUGAAUACACGGGGUACCCAUCACUGUAACUAAGGAUUUGAGGCGGCAUGGCGUCAUCACUUGGGGUUGACGUUGGCCACGGCAGAGAGAGCGCUUGUGUCAGGGUUUUCUGACAGCAUAACACCGGAUUCGCUAACCGUAUAGCUACUGCCUCUGCCGUUGCUAGAGUGAGAUGCAUCUGCUCACCUGAAGCUAUUGAAGAUGAACUCAAACAGCCGCGGAACACCCUUCGGAGGAUGGAUACCCAGAUAGAUUUAUUCUCCGAAGUAUUGGGGAACGCUGCGCAUAGUCCACUGUUGAGACUACGGAAAAGAAAGAGGUAUUCAUAAGAUAAGCUUUUAUAGGAGACGCAGAGAGCGAACUAGUCAGACGGCGCUUAACUACAGCUAUCAGAAGGGCAUUCCCGCGGCGAAUUUACGCGUUUGCUUCACAAUUCUACCUCCUACGUUUGGGAGGUAAAGACACACUACCGUUCGAGGCCACAUCAGUGUGCAUUUAUUCAUUAACUUGCUCCUUUGAAGCAGGAUACAUCGGCUGCACAACGAGACGCCUGGUGAAGAGGGUGCUUGAGCAUAUGCCAGCCUGGCUAGACAAAGGUGAGGCCCGGUCGAUUUCGAGUUCUAUUCUUGCACAUUUAGUCGAUUCGAAUCACCGAGUCGAUGCCAAGGAAGCAUUUUAGGUUGUCUGCCGGGCACCAGCAUGCUUGUCUAAAGGCCUACACCAACGGAUACUGGCAAU